AAAGCACAGCACAAAGCAAAUAGACGACGCUGUUUUUAUAUUCUAGAUUGUUAUCGAUCAUCAGUGAUCGAAAUCAGAGAGCUGUCAUACAUACCGAGUGAAUCCUAGCUUGUAUUACGCCUUCGACGCGCACAACAAGUAGACACAAAGCGCGCUCUCCAGACAACACAAAAAAAAAAUGGGCUGCGUCGCCUCGCUCGCCUGCUGCGCGGCCUGCGCCUGCUGCGAGGGCGUUUGUAGAGCGUGCUGCGCCUGCGGCACUAAGACUAAAGAAGGCCACGUGAACCCCGACGCGGGCCGCGUCGGCAGCAUGUGGGUCAUGAUCCUGGCUAUCGUGUUCUCGCUCAUAGGGCAGUAUUAUCUACCGGUGCGCCAUUUAGAUUAUUAUGCCUUCAACCAAGGCUGCGACACAAAUGCCUGCAAAGGCGCCGCCGCGGUGUACAGAGUCUCAUGUUGUACAGCUUUUUUCUUCAUCAGCAACGCUACGGUGUCGUGGCUGGACCCGUCGUUUCACGAUCGGAGGUGGGUCGCGAAGCUCUUCGGAUGGAUCUUACUACUCUGUAUUUCAUUACUAAUUCCGAACCCGGUGUUUGGUCUGGAGGGAUAUGUGUGGGUCGCGCGGUUCGGGGGCUUCAUCUUUGUGAUCCUGCAGCAGAUUCUACUUAUUGAUCUUGCUUACUGGGCGAAUGAUUCACUAGUGGCGAUAGCGGAGGAAGAUGUUGAUUUGUGGUGCGGCUACCCGUCGCCCCUAGUAGCGUUACUUGUCGGAGCACUGAUACUAUACGUGGCGGCUAUUGUCGGAAUAGCUUUGUUAUUCACCUAUUUCUCCUCCCCAGCUGUCCGUGGAGACUGCCCCGCCCCGGACACCAUACUGUCGAUAACUUUGAUACUGGUGGUGUUCGCUACUUUAUCACAACUAUUCGUCAGUAAAGAUGCCAACCUACUGACAUCAUCAGUGGUCGCGGUCUAUCUCGUCUACCUCGCAUCCUCAGCCGUCGCAGCAAAUCCAGUAGAAAGGUGCAACGCCUUCCAUCGAAAGGGCGACGACUGGGUGUCCGUGUUUGUGGGGUUGUUCGUGACGUUGAUAGCGUUAGCAUACUCUGUGUACUCCGCGUCGGCCAGUGUCAAGUACCUCCAGGACGGCCGUAGUACAUCAGAUAAUGCCCCUGGCGGCGACACGAUGCAGAAGAUGCUUACUGGUCAAUUAGACCAAAGAGGAAAACCGACCGCAGAAGCUACGGAUGACUACGACGCCACGCGGACGGCGGAGAGCGUCGAGAGCCAGUCGGACGACGACACGCCCAUCAGUCAAAAAACGCCGGCCGAGGUCCUGUCCUUUAAUGUGGUGAUGGCGCUGAUGUCCAUGUACCUCGCGAUGGUCCUGACAAACUGGGGCUCGCUCGAGAAGGCGGGAAAUGCAGCCGCGCCGUCCGCCGGCCAGGUCGCGAUGUGGAUCAUUGCGGCGUCGCAGUGGGUCGCCGGGUUGCUCUAUAUCUGGACGUGCGUGGCGCCGUCGCUGUUCCCGGGCCGGGAGUUCUCCUGAUCAUGCUUGUUGUCGUCGUUUCCCCCUACCACUAAGUUUUCUGAUUUCG